AUGCGUCGACGUCCUAUUCGGGGCCAUCCACCCCCGGAAAACCAACAACCAGACAACCCAGAGCAGGCAGAACAGCAGUUCUAUCCAGGCAUCUAUGACGUGCUUAAAGUCCGCCAUAUUUUGGCAUGGAAAGUAAUCGCCGGGGGGGUUCCAGCCGAGGUUGUAGAUAUGAUCAUCGAUGCUGCGGAAUACUGGCCAUCCGUUGAGUUUCGAAUGGAAGGACAGCGGAUUAUUCGAAAGGAUGUAGAUCAAGCGCUGGUCAGGACGAGCCCUCUUUGUUACGAUGAGCGGACUCUAGAUACCCCUUCCCCGAAGCAACUCCCGCAUAGAGCCGCGCAUCCCUGCCGUAAAGUCAUCUUCUCCAUUGUCUCCCACGACCAAGGUGGUGCCAGUCAAGCAAGAAUGCCCAAUCCCUACGAUGGGUCAUAUACAUGGUUCGAUGUGGAGGUGAUCCACAACGCACAGGAUCCUUCUCAGAGGGAGGUUAUAGAAGCGAAAAUGAACCCAGUAGAAAGGGUCCCGCGGCACUUUGGACCCGAUGACCCCUUACUCCUUCCACGAGAGCAUAACCUGCAAUCCAACCGCGCGCGGGUGCAACCGGCUCACCUUCAUAAAAUCACCUGGCACUAUCUUGACGAUAUCGAAGCGGACUCUCCAGAGGCAGCAGAAAUCGAGCGCAUCCAAGGUCGAGGCCGAGCUACUUUGGAUGGGAAUCAAGUACGAGGAUUGCAGAUUGGGGACUCGAUCAUGGUCUGGGGUCGGGCUCGGUUCCCAGGAUGGACCAACUAUACGGUGGAGCUGUCGGUCCGGGUGUUUUGGGCAGUGUAA